GAAUAUGUUGGUGCAGUAUAUAUAAUAUGGCCUUCUUCGCCUCUGUUAUACUCUGUAAGUAAGUAUGCCCAUUUAAUAACUGAAGCACCGUGGAAUAUGUUGGCGCUAUAUAAAUGCUAAUUAUAAUAAUGCCGCCGCUUGCCUUUGACAUGGCUAUACUGACAUCUUCCCCCUUGAUUUGCUUGUCAAGCAAACACAUUAAUGAGCAGACCGAUUAGGUUGCAGGAGGUGGGGUGUUGGGGGGAAAUAGGAAUAGACUUGGUUGCUCGAGAGGCAAGUUCAGAACUGUUUGCAAAGGAAGCAAAGCAUUCCUAAGCUUUGUGAAACAAGAAACAGCCAAUGCUACAUACCAUAAUCUGUCCGUAACCUCUGUUCACAUCUUGCUCAUGGCUAAAGCACACCUUCUGAAUCUCAGGUUUAUUUUUGUUUUUUUAGAAAGAAAAAUGUGUAAAACCAUCAUGAGACUGUUGAACACCUACUUUACAAGUGGCCACUUACAUCAAUUGUAAGUUGUUACAUUUUAACAUAGAUGCAUUUCUUUCUUUUACGUCCAGGGCACAAUGAGUGAAGCUAGCAAGGAGUGUCGGGUGGCCUUCGGCCCUUCUCUUGGGGACAUCGUGAGGGUGAAGAGAGAAGUUGGCUCCCCUGUUGGAGAGCAGAGUUACAGCCAGCUCUGGUGAGACUGGUCACAUGAACUGUCCCUUUAAGAAUGCAUUACCUAAGGGCCAUACAAAUUGCUUUUAGAUAUAUGAAGGCAUGAAAGAGUCCUCCCUCCCUCCAACCCCCCCCCACCCCCCCCAAUUUUAAAGUGUAAAAAAACACCCACAGGUUUUUCUUUAAUGUUUUCAAGAAUAUUCAUUGAAUGCAUUUGUAAACUGUAUGUUAGAAAUAGUUCACUUAAGGCCCCAUUAGAAACUACAAUGUAGUCUAAUAAUGGUUCCUGGGGAGAGUUCUCUCGAAAACUCUAGCCCCCAUUCACAAUAUAGUAUUAUAGCAUAGCUUUCUGCUUAAUUACUGCUGCUGGCAGACUGGAUGCUGUGGCAAGCUGGCUACCUGCAGUUGCUGGUUAGCUGCUUUGGCUGGUUGCCAGGCAGGCUGGCUGCUGUGGCUGGUCAGCUGGCAGGCCUCUUUCUUCUCCCAGCAGACGUCUAUUUCUCCCCCAACGCCUUUGUGUGUCUCUUUUUCCUCUCCCUCUCUGUAUGUCUCAUCUGCCUUUUUUGUCCGUCCCCCCAGCACCUUUGUGUGUCUUUUUUCCCCAGCCCCUCUGUGUGUCUUUUUGUCCCCCUGUGCUUCUGUGUGUCUAUUUUGCCCUCAAGCCCCUUUGUGAGUUCCCCUUCAGCCCCUCUGUGUGUCUUUGUUCCCCUUGUGUGUCUUUGUGUAUCUUUAUGCCCUCAGCCCCUCUGUGUGUCUUUGUCCUGCCUCAGCCUCUCUGUGUGUAUUUGUGCCCCCCAGCCCCCAUUGUGUGUCUCUUUGUGCUCCUUCCUCCUCUGCCCUUCUUUUGCCCCCCUCCUGUGCACUUCUUUUGCACACCUCCCCUCCUGAGCCCUUAUUUAGCCCUCUUCCCUACUGUACCUUCUUUAGCCCUACUCCUCUACUGUACUUUUAUUUAGCCCCCUCUCCUCCUGGGCCUUUUUAAGCCCCCCUUGCCUCCAGUGCUUUUAUUUAGUCCACCUUCCCUGUGCCUGCUCAGCCUUACCUGGGUCUGCAUUGGACGACCCUCUGCUCCCUGUAUCUGGUCUGAGACGUAGCAGUUCUGUGCUCUCUCUGAGCACUUCCUGUCAGACUUAGUCGGGGAACAGAAGCUCCUCUACCGCGGCCUGCAUACUCGGCAGUGCUACUUGCUGUAAGUGGCAGGAGGGGAACGCUGUGCAGUGUGCUCUCCUCCUGCGGUUACUGAGAGAUCACACCCUCUGGGCACACCCCUAAGCAGUGGCACCCGGGGCGGACCACCCUCACCCCGCUUAGUGCGCCACUGGUUCUCAAUGCUCAAUUCUCUGCCAUUUAGAAGUUAAAUCACUUUGUUUAUACAGCCCUAGUUAUAAUUCCCUGCAUGUGACUUACACAGCCUUCCUAAACACUUUGUGUAAAGAGUCAUCUAAUGUUUAUACUUCCUUUAUUGCAAAUUAUAUUUAAUUUAGAAAUUCCUAUCCACUGCUCUGUUAAUAGCUUUCUAGACCCUGCAGGAGCCUCUUGUGUGUGAUUAAAAACUUUUAGAGUAAGUUACCGUGUGAUUGAAAAUGAAACCAAUUUUUAAAUGCAGUCUGUGUCAGUCACAGCUAGGGGAGGCGUGGCUAGGGCUGAAUAAACAGAAAUAAAAGUGAUUUAACUCUUAAAUGGCAGAGCAUUGAGCAGUGAGACUUCAGAGGCAUGGUUUACACACAAAAACAGUUUCAUUUAGCUAAAGUUGCUUUGGUGACUAUAGUGUCCCUCUAACCCCUUAGGGACUAAACUUCUGGAAUAAAAGGAAAUCCUGACAUGUCAUACAUGUCAUGUGUAGUUCCUAUUCAGGUCUCAAAUACUGUGUCUCCACUCACUUCUCCCAUUGAAGGGAAUGUACACCAUUAUUCUAUCAUGUUCCGAUAGCUAUAUCUCCUCUGGGGCAGUCCAGUCCCAAAAAUGCAAUUUCAGUCCCAUUUGAACACACUUUUAUUCUCUAUAUAGGCAAGUCAGUAAAACAAAUAUACAAUUUAUCUAUUUUCCAUUUCCUUUCUGGAAUAAAAUAUACAAUUCCUUUAUCAGGCUAUUUUAAAGUGGGUCUGUCACCUCAAACUUAAUUUUCUCUUACUGUUUAACACUCUGUUCUUUUCUUCAGUUCUGAUCUAUUUCUCUUGAAAGACACAAAGGUGGAGAUUAAGGCAUAAGGCAAGCCCCACUUCUAUGAGAGAGCCUUGCUACCUUACUGUCUCUUUCCACUCUGUUUUAUGCCUUGCCCAUUGUUAGGAUAUUUAUAUCGGCAGACAUUUUGAGCUAAGAUAGAAAGUAAAAGUGUAUAUUGCCAGAGUCACUCAGACUCCAUUUUGGAUCUUCAGGCCAACAAAGACACAUAAUUUCUUCUUGCUUUCUGUAACUAGCCACUAACCUGAGCUAAGGAAUGCAUUAUAUAAACAAGCCAAGUGAUAAGCAAUGAAGCAGGGGGAUGGAAUGCUCUGUUUAAAUGUUAAUGGAAUAGAAAUAAUUAUAAACACAGACACUAGUGACAGAGAAGACUAAGUAAUUUUACUUUCUAAAUUUUACAAGGUCCCAUUGUAAGUAAGGGGUGAAAUUGAGUUUAGAACUGUCAAUUUUAGAAAUUACGACCAAAGUAGUUGCCACAAAGACUGAGGCAAACGCUUUGAACUGACAGCAAAUUUAAGUUAUGGUAGUCAUUUUAGAGAAGCCAAAUGACGUCAAAAUCGUCAUCAGGAAAAGUUAACUCUUUCCUGGAUAGGAAGGUUUAGUAAGGCGAGACUGCCCUCUAUGGAUCAAAUACCUAAAUUAUGAUCUGCUGUACUAAUGACGUACAGAGAGUCUGGCCCUUUAAAAGUUAGGACAAAGGGAAUAGAGAGGUUAGUUUGGGCAUUCAGAUUCGGACAUGCAGAGAGAUUCAGGACACUCUCUGGGACUAACAUUCAACUCUCAAACUCUCUUGGACACAACUCAAGAAACACUCCUUGACAAUUAAAAUUUUACUGAUACUUUCUAACCAACACCACUUUUCUCUAUUACUUGCACACCUCCAUACAACCAAUCAUACUUGCAUUCACGUUUCUGGGACUACCUAUUCAUCUGAUGAGAAUAUCUACAUAACUGGUAAUUAUGCUGGUUUUAUUUAAUUAAUCUAAAGUAAUUAAAAUCUAAUAGCAUGCUAUAUGACUGGAUAAAUCACGGGCAGAUUUCAAUAAUUAGAAAUCUUAGUUCACUAAAGAAUAUAUAGUUAUACACAUUCCAUUCUGCAGGUGGAAUUAAGAAUAAUUAUAUAUUAAUGUGAUAGUAUCACGUGUUAGCAUACCGCUGUUUUUAUCCAGGUGUAUUGAUUUGCUCUAAAAUAAGAUAAGAUAUCUUUUUAAGCAAAUUAAAAUUUGUCUUUUGUAAAAAUAUGGUAGAUUAUUCUUAUUGGAUGGUUCCAGGAAAUGAUUAAUGAGCUGGUUCGAAUGUUAUUUUCAUUGAAAUUACAUGAGAACAGGAUACUAUAUGCCUAGGAGGAUCUAGCCAGCAUUGAAAGGGUUACUCAGUUGAUUUAACUGUUAGCUGGGCUGUGUAAAGUUUUGCUUUCUGUGUCUGAGAAGUACCCAUUAAUCUUGUCUUGACAGUUGAUGCUGUAGCUUUGUACUGUGUCUAGCCAUUAUAUUGCAUACUUAUGUUAUACUAAAUAUUCACUGAUUAAUAUCAUGCAUGCUGCCUAAUAUUUUAUUUGUCACAAUAAAUUAUAUCUAUUUUUAUAACAAAUUGUGAUUUUAUUUGUAUGGAAUACAUUUCACUUAUAUGAUAACGAUCUCUAAGAUCCAAGAGAAUUGAAAUAGUGGGCAAUUCUCAACUGUAUAAUAUUAUCAUCCCAUAAAUAUCCCCACACCAUUUCAUAGCUAGAUCCCAUCCCACCAGAAUGAUUCAUCAAGGUGGGGACAUCGGACCAAAGUUCUCAGGCGUACUUUAGAAGGUUACUUAAAAAAAAGCCUCUACUAAUAAUGAUAUAUUUUUUUUGUCAUCCUUAGCUCUGUGGGGUCCAACUCUCGCUGCAUGGACCUCGAACAUAAAAGGGCUAAGGAGAAAAGAGGAACUGCUUUGUCCAAAAGCCUUCAACAGGUGGAUUUCUGGUGUAAGUCAAUCUAGCCUGUGAAUAAAAUGAGACAUCUUAAGAGAAAGCCACAGCCACAAAUCAAGUGUCCUUAAUAAUUCUGAACCUUUAUAAUACAAAUUAUAUUAAACUGCACGUGCUACUCUUUCAGUGUAGCAGGGGAACCAAUUCUUCUUUGCAUGGCUGUGGCCUCUUGAUCAGGAAGAAAAUGCAUUUUAGUAAAGCUAUUUCUUCUUCCAGUUGAAAACUGCAUCCAGUAAAAAUGGAUAAAUUACUUAGAUUUUCUAGUUUGAUAAAUUCACAAUAGUUUGUCUCCAUGCAGAUGCAGUAUUUUUAAGGGACACUAUAGACACCCAGCCCACAUCAGCUCAUUGAAGUGGUCUGGGUGCAGCGUCCCUGUCCCCUUAAGCCUGCCAUGGUAAUUGUUGCAGUUUCUGAAAAACUGCAGAAAUUACCUUGCAGGGUUAAGACUGCCUCUAGUAGCUGUCAGUCAGACUUUUGGUGGUCACAUCCAGCAUCUAUUAAUUUCACAUAUGGGUAGGGCCUAAUGCACUUGCGGUGUUUGCCGCGAAUACACAUUACACACUGUCGGGUGACGUUUGGGGGAGAGCGAGGUAGCUAUAGUGCCAGGAAUGCAACUAUGUAUUUCUAGCUUUAUAGUAUUCCUUUAAUGAUACAUACUUAUAUAUAAUUUGUGUUCCCAGUUGUUUUACUUCUGGGAACAGAAGUUUCUCUUUAAGGAACAAAAUUAGCAGUGAUGCAAUUCAAAAGGCCAACUACUUUUUUUUUUCAUCUAUACUUUUUUUUUCUUUUUGAAAUGGCUGUACAGAUGAAAAGAUAUUUUAACAUUUGUGUAUAGAUCUCUAUAGCUCUUGGCAUACCUACACAUAUUCCUUCUGUGCUGGUAAUACAUUUGUGAGACUGCCUUGACAACACAAAGCCACAUUACAAUGUGGUAUUUUUAGACAUGAGGUCUAGUCACCAAACAACGUACUGUAAUAAAUUUAAAACCGAAUUGUGUGUUAUUUUAAUAGGCAAAAUGGAUGAUAUAGAAAAAUUCUUCAGCUCCACUAUAGACACAACAUGGCUAAUGUAACCUGUUUUGCAAUUCCGUUUUGAAUUCACCACCAUUAACUGUUCAGUUAAUAAACACUUAAAUGUUUCAGUCGUUUUGUAUGCCAUAGUAUAGCUGUAUUAUUUUAAAUAUGCAGUGUAUAUUCAGUCAAGACUAUAUUUUUUUUUCUCCAGUAUAAAAGUUUAUUUAUAUAUUUAUUUUUAUUGAAUGCAUAGCUGUCCUGGCACGGCCAGAGCAUACCAUGUAAAUUAAUUUAAUCGUCACUCUGGUGAGGUGUUCGUACAGUAUUUCUCUUUAUGUUGCUCCCAGGGCAUGAUGGGAAGAUGAUGUCAUUGUAGACUCAAAUGCACUUGUUUUUUUUUUUUCUUACCUCCCAUGCACUUUGACCUCUUCAGUAGCAUUUAUUGGUGUGAGGGAUUGAGGAAAUGUUAGUUAGAACUGAUAUUUCCUUUUUUAAUUAUUUUAGUUAAAAAAAAAAAAAGUUAAAAUCCAUAUGAAUACUGAUGGAACCUUUCAUUGGACUCCUGGGCAGAUAUUGGUGACUCUCCUCUCUUUCUUUUUGUUUAUCAGUCUGCGAAUCAUGCCAGGAAUACUUUGUGGAUGAGUGUCCCACGCAUGGACCUCCGAUCUUUGUACCUGACACCCAGGUUCCCAUUGGCAUGACGGACCGGGCAGUUAUGACUGCACCACGUGGUAUCGAAGUGGUAAAGGACACCAGUGGUGAAAGUGAAGUACGUUGCAUCAACGAGAUCAUUCCCAAGGGCCACGUCUUUGGGCCAUACGAAGGGCAGAUUUCCACCCAAGACAAAUCUUCAGGCUUCUUCUCAUGGCUGGUAUGUACCUACUGCACAAUGACAUUAGUUUUCUCAUUGGUCAUUUUCAUCUCUAUUAUAAACAAAUACAAUCUGGAGUGCGGCUGGGGUGUGGAAAGCUUCCUGCCCUAGCUUCUAAUUCCAAUAAAGUGUCUUAUGUAGAUGUCAUAAAUGUAUCAUUGACCUCUUGCUGUGUUGUACAAUUUUAAUGUGCACCUAAGCAAAAGCUCUGUUUUGGACUAGGCUGAUGUCUCUGUGCUAUAUAGUGUUCAUUUAUCAGAUUUUUAAGACCUUUAACCCCUUAAGGACACAUGACGGGAAUAUUCCGUCAUGAUUCCCUUUUAUUCCAGAAGUUCUGUCCUUAAGGGGUUAAGCAGUGCCACAUUCCGACAAAAUGUUCUGCCUAAAUGUGAUAGGAGUUGUAGAUUAGGAAAGACCAUGUAGACACAUUUUGCUCUUCCUUCCUAAAAUCAGGUAAUCUGAAUAAUGUAUUUUAAAAGUAGUGUAUUUUUUUUUUCUUUUAUUGUGAUAUAUUAUGAAUACCUCUGGCUUUGGCUGUAACUAAUCUACAGUAUCUUUCUUUUCUUUCUUUUUGUAGAUUGUGGAUAAUGACAACCGGUAUAAAUCUAUCGAUGGGACAGAUGAGGCAUGUGCUAAUUGGAUGAGGUAAGAUUCUGUUGCACAAUUUAACCAAUGACAUUUUGUGGCGCCCCAAUCCAUGCGUGUCUCUAAUCUGUUUUUUAUUUAACUUGAGGGUGUGUGCCGGUGAUUAAUAUUAAAAUGACAAUACAUUCCAGCUGAACAAGAGAAUAAAAUAUGUCACACAGGAUAAACAUUAGCUGACCUGCCAGCACAUCCUGGAGAACCACAAUCCAGUCUUGGCAAUGGGACAGAAACAAAUAGAAGAAACCCAGUCACCCGGUCACAGUAUGAACAAGUGGACUUGGAAUAUUUUGAAACUUCAAGUAUGUCUUUGUCCAGCCCAGAUAGGCAAAAAUACACUUAAAGGUUUUGAAACAUGCCUUCUAUUUGGUGGAACCUUGAAUAACCAUGUUCACGCUGAGGCCUAGCUACUGGGCUCCUUCUAGUUUGUUGUUGACUGGGGAGCUUAGGAAUUAAAGUCCUUAUCUCAUGCACCAGCUGCAGGGAAAUUCCUGCAUAGAGCAUAGUGCUAUUAGUGUCUGGCUUACUACACAGACCUCUGAGCCGGAAAGUAAUUGUGCUGCGUGCCUGAUCACCCUGUACAGGUAAUUGUAUGGCUCAGUGGGAGGACCUGCACUUCCUCACAUUAUGUCAGUGGGAAAAGGGUGAAGCCUGAGUUCUGGACCUGAUGAGGAAGACUGCAAAACAAUGAGAAUGUAAAAGGUACGUUUUAUAGGACCGUAUCUUCUUAGCACUAUGACUAUUAAAAUAAAUUUUUACUCUUACUUCUUAAAGUUUUGCAAACUAUAAAAAAAAAAAAGUGGAGAUGAACAUGUGGAAUAUAAGGAGCUUCUAAAAAAACACAAAGAUGGUACAGAUUUCACACCAUUGUAUUGAGAACCAUUGUACUGAAAGACAAUUGCUGAAUAAAUACUGUCGAGCUUCCUCUUACACAGGCAGCGUGGGCCAGGGUAAAAAAUGUUUGUAAAUUAAAUCAACCAGCGCUUUUCCUGGCAUUAUAUUUUGUUUUUUCUUUGUAUGUAUAUGGUUGUGUUUGUGAAUGUGUGGGUGUAGGUAGAAGUGUGUUCUGUCAUGUGGGUAUAGGUAGCAGCAUGUGUUGUACUCUGUGUAAUAGUACGGGUAGCACUGUGUGUCUGACAGUGUGGGUAUUAGUGUCUGUGAUAGGGUGGAUGUGGGUAAUAGUGUAUGUGUGUGUGUAACAGUGUGAAUGUGUUUAACUGCAUGUUUGUAACAGUCUGGGUAGUUAUGCAUGUGUCCAAUGUGAGAAGCAGUGUGUGUAGCAGUGAGUAUGAAUAUGUACAUGUCAUGCUUUAUUGAGGUCCUCAUUUUAGCCACAGUCCUCUUCCCUCUCUCCCUCUGCUCUGCUCUGGGAACAAUACAGAGAUUAGGCUCCCUCAGAACUCCGUGAUCCCAGAUCCUGCAUUUUCAGCUAAUGCAAAGCACCACCGACAGUAUAGGAACCUAUGGCACUAUUAGGCGUGCGCUUGUAGGCAGGUACCUGGAAAUGCAGCUCUGUCACCAAGACUGAACUAAUCAAAUGGUAAAGGUUCAAACAAGCUUGAGACCUAAAUUAGAUUGUUUAUUCUCAGCGCUCUCUUUUAGCAUUUUUGUUGUUUUAAUUUGCAUAAAAAUACAGCCAGCUCCAGCCUGGCUUCUCCGUUUAAUAGCUUAUCAAAAAUAUAUAUUUUUCUGAUAUAGAUUAUUAAAAUGAUCCCUUAUCAGUUCAGAUAGACUUACUAUUCGGAGUCCAAAUAUUGACCUUGCAGAGUAAACAAUUUCAGUCUUUUUUAGAGGGCACUUGUAAAUUACCAAAAUAUUUUGUUAAAGAGUUAUUAUAGGCACCAAAACAAUUCUAGCUUAAUGAAGCAGUUUUGGUGUAUGGAUCAUGCUCCUGCAGUCUCACUAUUAAAUUCUCUGCCAUUUAUGAGUUAAAUCCCUUUGUUUAUACAGCCCUAGUCACACCUCCCCACAUGUGACUUAUACAGCCUUCCUAAAUACUUCCUGUAAAGUGAGAUCUAAUGUUUAAGCUUCCUUUAUUGCGCAUUAUGUUUACUUUAGAAUUUCAUAUCUGCUGCUCUGUUAAUAGAUUUCCAGACCAUGCAGGAGCCUCCUGUGUGUACCGUAUUUUUCGCUCUAUAAGACCCACCUGACCAUAAGACGCACCUAGUUUUUAUAGUAGGAAAACAAGGUGGAAAAAAGUGUUCCUUAAUACCCACUCCCCUUCCCUGUCCCAUAGUGUUCUUCCGCCCCCCCCCCGUCUCAUAGUGUUCCUUAUCACCCACUCCCCUCCCCUGUCCCAUAGUGUUCCUUAUCACCCUCUCCCCCCCUCCCCUUUCCCACUGUGUUCCUUAUCACCCACUUUCCCCCCUCCCCUGUCGCACAGUGUUCCUUCACCCACUACCUCCCUCCCUGUCCCAUAGUGUUCCUUCACCCACUCCCCCCCUCCACCUGUCCCUUAGUACCCCUCUCUCUCUCCCCCCUUGGUCCCCGGUAGGUCUCCUACCUUUAUGUAGCGUGGCCGAGCGGAGCAGUGCGCACAGGGAACCCGGCCUGAGUGAAAGGAAGUGAGCACUGAGUGCUCACUUCCUUUCAGUCCGGCCGGGUUCCCUGUGCGCACUGCUCCACUUGGCCACGCUACAUAAAGGUAGGAGACCUACUGGGGACCACUGCCUUAUAGCAAUAGUGGUUACAUAGCAGCUUUCUAUAUACAGGAUUUAACUUUCAUGUAUAUUUAAUAUUUGGCUCAAAUUUGUUUUUGUGUGCUGUUACGAGUCCAUGCACAAUCAGAGAUUACCUUAGUUAAUCUCAAUGUUACCACAAACAAUUCCAUUCUAUGUAACUUGCAUGUGGUCUGUGAGUAUAACCCGUGGUGAAUGUAGUUAAAUUGGGUGGUUUGCAUUCAGUCCAGAGCAGCGAUUGAGGCCUCACAGGGUCAUAAUGAGGGGAAUGCCAAAAUAUAAUCUAGAUUAGCUCACCGGACAAUUUAGAAAUUGGAAUCAUCCUUGAUAUCAUCUCAGACUGGCAGAAUCCCCAGACCUGCUGGCCUGCCUUACUGUAUUGGAAAGCAUUUCUACUUAAUACUUCCUACAACCUUUCAACUCUAUGACCUCGGUUUAACAAGCUUUCCUAAUGAUCUAAUACUGUUAUAAAAGAUUCCAAGAGAUUCAUUUUCAGAUGUCGCCAAUAAAGUGUUUGGGAACUUUUGUAAAUAAAUCAUUUUAAAAAGCUUACUUAAUUAAGGCCAACUUACACCCACAGAUCUGUGUCAACACAGGCACCUAACCAAACGUUCCACCUGCAGACCUGUGCAAACACGGGCACCUACCUUUUUUACAAUUUUCUAUAGAAUCUGAUAAGAUAAUCUAUUUAGAAAGAGAAUUCCAAAUCUUUAUUAUGCUAUCAUAUCCCCUCUAAGGUGCCUUUUUCUAGGGAAAACAAAUCCAGUUUUGUAGCCAUUCCUCAUAACUAAUGUUUUUCAUGCCCCUUGCUAAUUUUGUAGCUCGCCUACAGAGGUACCCUUCCGCCCACAGACCUGUGCAAAAACUGGCACCUAUAAAACGUUUCACCCACAGACAUGGCUAAAAACACAGCCACCAACUACCCACAGAUGUGCAAGCACAGGCACUCCUGAAUCCUUCCAUCCACAGACACUUCCAUCCAACCAGAAACAUCUGCACCCACCAACACAGACAUACAUGCUCACACUGACAAGCCUACCUAACAAAAAAUACAGCCUCUGCAUUCCUUUCAUUCCUCUGCUCCUUUCAUGACAUUAACCUGCUGCUAAAACCUUUUAGUUCUGUCGGCUCUUACAGUCUCAUGUAGUGAGAUGCCUUGGAAAUAGUUGCCACAUGCAGUUUAUUUUUUUUAGAUUUGUAUUCCAGAUGCAUUCCAUGUGUAAGUCUUUCGGUCCUGGCAGUAUGGAAACUCGUAGACAGGCUAAGUGUUGCUUCAUAGAAAGGAUUAGAUUUGGGGACGUGUACAUUUUUUCUUUCUAUAAAAAUGUCCUAGAGUGCUCUGAAAAUAAUGGAAUUGUAAUCAUAUUUUAGAUUCAAUGCUCCUUUAAAACAAACUCACAGGAAGCAAAAUAGACUAUCUGGGACAAGAAAAGUUACUAAUCCAUUCAAUGUUAUGUCUACAGAAGGGCAGCCUUUUUUUGUUGCUUAUUUUCUACGUUUUGUGUGCCUGCAUAGACGAGCCAGCACAUUGCAAAUUAUCUGUGCAGAGACUGUAAUUUGUGAUCUCAGGGAGAAGCCUUCAAACUCCAGACUUGAAGUAUCUGCUGCUUUGAUCAUCAGUAUCACUCACUCCACUUUAUUAAAAUUAUCUAUCGGCAUACUGUCGAAGCACAGCUCCAUUUAAAUACAGUAGCAGUGACACGAUUUGCCUCACAUUGGAAACAGUUUUUUUAUACCAUUUAGGGAUUUCAAAGUCUUAAUCUGAUUUGCUGUUACUGGGAUACAAAGCAGUAAAAUGAUCUUACAAUUCUUCGAUGAAAAAAGGAAACAAGUAGUCUGAAUAGACACUGGUAUAUGCAAUACAAUACAAUGUAUAUAUAAAUACAAACUUUCUAAACUGCAAGAAUACUUUUUAGGGUUUACUGUAAUUUUUGCUCAUUUUGUCUUGAAAGGUGUUUUAUAUUUUCAGAAUGGCUGAUGUAGAUUGUAGAAUAAAUCAAAGAAGUGUUCUACGCUAGCAUGGUGCUUAUGCUGCCAAUCGUUUCUGGGGCACCAGUUUGACAAAAAACGCGGCUUUUCCCGACACCCAGAAACUGCCUUCUCAAACAGAUUGAUAAUGCAGACUGUAAACUUAAACAUUUUCGAUUUAAAUUUCGUAUAAACAGGAUGGUAGUGAGUUGCUGAGAGUUAAAUCUAUAUUAGUAUUGCAUAGGUGUAAAUACUGCUUUAGUAUUGAAUCCGAGGAGCGGGUAGACUCUGGGUGCCCAGAAUGAGCAAGUUUAGUUUUUUUUGUAAAACAGCUUAAAAAAGUUUGACAAAACUGGGAAGUUGAACUCAGAGACAUGUGGCAGCCUAGCCGCUAAUUUAAGUCGUAGCGGUUAUGUUGUUUAGAUUGUUGCAGUGUUACAUAUAUGUGUUGAAACUUGCCGUUUUAAAAACAGGUUUGUGCCUGGAUAUAGCUUAGAUUUUGACCUCGUUUGAUGAACGUGCAAUGCUGCCCUGUAGAAACAAGAAACCAUUGACAGAGCUUUUUAGUAGUUGUGAGGAUCAAACUUUAUUUGCUGUGCUUGCUUUUUACUUUUUCUAUAGAAAUAUGGGUGAAUUACCUUGAAAUGCCAUCAGAUAGCUACAUUUCUACAAGUGCUCUAAAUAAUGUGAUGCAUGGUUGGGUGUACAGGCCUACAGGCAGGUAGAUUUAUUUGGGAAAUCUUUGUUGAUUAAAAUGUCUUAUUUUUCCUAUCGGCUGCUUAGAGCAGUGGUAAUGUCACUAGAAUCAGGAAGCUCAUGUUUGAAUCCAAGUGUGCCUGGACAAGACACUUAGCGAUAUAUACCUACCUACAUUCAUUGCCUCUUCCCCUUUCUAUACUGUAAGUUUAACAUGCUGUAGAAUUUCUCUGCGCUAUAUAGUAUAAUAAUAAUACUAUCAGCUUUAUCAAAAUGGCACAGUCAAUGGUGGAUUUAUAGCUGGUAUUGGACAAUGUGUCAGGCAGAAGAUGAUGGACAUUGUGGCCAAAAAUGCGGACCUCCUCGUGCAACCUUGUAUUUGUGACAUGGUGGAAAAUAUUUAAUGUCUAUCAAACUGAGUUUUGAAAACUUUUCAGAUUUGUGAGCGGUAUUAGGACUGUCUCACAUGGACUGUCUUCUAUCCGUUUGACUGAUCAGUUUGCAUGAGAUUCUAAAACCCUAAAGAGGGGCAAUUGGGAAACCCCCAUAUGACUUCCAGAAUCCACUAGACAACCUGCAAACAUUCUGAGAAUACUUCUAGAGAGCACUGUUAGUUUUUGAACUUUUUUGAAUUUGGCAUUAUCUUCAUCUGUAAGAAUUUUUAUAUCUUAACGUAUCUCGUCUUUUAUAACUCUUAGGUAUGUGGUGAUCUCCAGAGAGGAGAGGGACCAGAAUUUAAAGGCUUUUCAGCACAGUGAGAAGAUCUACUUCCGAGCUUGCCGUGACAUCCAGCCCGGGGAGAAGCUGCGAGUGUGGUACAGCGCUGAUUACAUGAAGCGACUGCACAGUAUGUCUCAGGAGACCAUCAACCGGAAUCUCACCAGAGGUAUCUAGCAUCUUUCUGUCUACUUAAGCUGUUAACUCAAAUUCUCCAUCACUGCUAAUACUUUGUGUAUGUGGUUCAAAAAAGCCACAUUCGUUGGGACAUUCAUUGUUGUAUCUCUAUCUUUCUACGAGCCUUACUUUUCCCAAGAAUCUUUACAACUGAAUUAGUGUUUAUGCACCAUGUGUUCCCAGCUAUUUUUCUAUAUAGGUGUUUUUUUGGGGGGGGGGGUUGCAUGUAUAUUUCAGAACACUUCUUGAAUGAUUGCAAAGUUCUACAUAGGUUAAGGAAGCUCAUACACAGAAAAGUCAGUUCCUUAAAGGAAAACCAUCAACUCCUGCGGCCAUUUAAAUAAUCCGGUCUGGAGCAGCACUUAGCAGACUGAAGAUCGCUCUGCUUUCCCUGGCAGCACACUCUAAUUAACACAGUCUAUGUACCUGGCGAUGACAGCUGAUGUCAUCACAAUGUGAAAUAUCUAUGCAACAAAGCAACGUAACCCUCGGUCAAGCAAGCUCUGCUCCUGAGCGAGGAUUACUUUAAUGGUCGCGCUUAGGGGAGGAAACGCUGCAGGAGAUUCCAAUUUUCCUUUAAAUGCAAUAGAGCUGGGCAUUGCAUGUAAAGGGGUCUAUUUAAUAAACAAUGAUUUACAGUGAAACUGUUCUUCAAGAUGAAAAAUGUUGUCCAAGUAAAAAAAAAAGUUACACUUUUUCAGAGUUUGUGAUAUUAUAAAAAAAAAUGUUUUAAUUUUAUUUAUUUAUGAAUUCUUCAGUUUCGCUUUUUUUGCCUAAUUUUAGGACAGUGGUUGUUUUCUCACGACAAUUCAAUGUCUAGUAAAAAAAAAAAAAAAAAAAUUAAUAAAAAUAAUAAAUACAGGUGUUUAUGCUCAGUCCGAGUUUACUCCUAGAAUUUGUUCCCGUAAAUGUAAACUUUGAUUUUUGAGCCUGAAAGUUGUAUAUAACAUAUUCCUGUUGAUAAAAAUAUUUAGUUUAAAGGGGGAGGGAUUAGAGCAUGUAGUGGAAUCGUCUUUCGUAGUGAAGUUUUGUUACAUUGGACUGUUUUUGUCUACGUGUAUCAGUCAGUAGACAGAGUGCACUGCAAGGCAUCUCCAGAACGACAUCUUAUAGUAUACAAUUCUGCUACAAAUGGACAUUUUCAUUUCAGCAUAAAAGAUAUUUACUGCUUUGCAAUCUUAUUAUAGGUAUAUCUCCUGCAAUUCCAGGUAGAUAUAUCUGCUGCAUCUUAAACCACAUCUUUAGGUCUGGUAAGAAACGUAAGAUUGUCAUUCAAUGCACAAAGCAUAGAAACAGUGUGACGGCAGAUAAGAACCAUUCGGCCCAUCUAGUCUGCCCAAUUUUCUAAAUACUUUGCAUGAGCUCUCAACAGCAACAGCAUGUAUCAGGGCUAAAGAACACAAAAGGAGGAGGUUGGUGAAAAUCACAACUCUGAAACAUCAUGCACUUAAACAGCAGAGCAACUGAAGACCAUAUUAGACUUUGGAACAAUCUGAACAUGUGACCAUUUUCCAUAGCCUCUUCCUUUAACCUUUCAAAUUGAUCUUCUUCCAUAUUUUCCUUAAAGUCCCCUCUUUUUGUUUCUAUACUUUUAUUUUUUUUGUACAGAUUCCCAGUACUUGCCCUGUAUGUGCUGUAUAAAUCCACAGAUCGCAUCGUAUUGUUUUUCCCUAAUUCCCCAGACUCGGAGGCAUCACAUUUACUUUUGCUUUCUUUAAUAGCAGUAAUUAUGUGUUUGAUAUUAAACAAAAAAAAACAAAACCUGAAACUAGGACUGUUUGUUAACGUGCCACAUGGUAGCUCAGAGCUGAUGUAGUUCACUUUACAGCUAAAAGUUUAUCUUCUGAACUAAACAUAUUUUUGCGUAGGCGCAAGUUCUAACCUUCAAGUGAAUUAUGCACGUUGUUCCAACACAAUCUGUUCUUAUAUUUAAGAGUAUUUUUAUAAUAUCCACAAACAUUUACAUCAAAGCCUGAGUUAUCUAGAAAAGUGUUGCCUCUAGAAUAUGUAGACACUGCUUUUCAACAUGGUGGGCAAAUCUCUACAUUUACGAGAAGAAUACACUGUUUCAAAGCCAGUGCUUUGAUAUUUGUUGUUUUUUACCACUGGUACUGGUUAUUUGGUUAACAUGUGUGUGGCUAUUUGAACGUAACUCAGAAACCCAAAAGGACAAAGACGCAUAGUCGUGUGUCAUUUAUGAACAUGGAAAUAUAGCCUAUGUUAACAAUGAAAUCUGCCCUAUAAACUGUGAUUAAGAAACAAAGUGAAGAUUCAUUAAGCAGUCAUGCUCAUUAUUAACUCCUAAACCUGGAGUUACAUAUAUUGAAACAAAAUCUCAGCCGUUUAGGGCCUUUAUCUGUCUAAUGUAUAAUACAUUAGUAUGAAAUGGGUUAAUGUAGGGGCAUUGACUAGUAGUUUUCUGUUGUAGUGUACAAAGGAACAUUGGAGCUGUAGGUGUCCGUAGUUGUUCUUCUGUGUUUGAUUGAGCUGUGUCUACAUUUUCCAUUUUGGAGAAUAAUUGUGACCAGGUUGUGUAUUUGUUACUGAGAUGAGCGAUGAGCUGCCCAGGUCUUAAUGGGAGUAUCAUGCGGAUGAGCCUACUGGUCACAGUGGAAGCCACAUACUAACAAGCUACCCAGACUACAAUGAGAGCUGCAUAGUCAUGGUUUCCUACCGUAAUAUCCACAGCCACUGAGGGAGGACCAUAUACAAUCUGGAAACAGUGUAUUUGUUGGUGCCAUGGGCCACAUAAGAGCUGGUACAUUUUAUCUGUUUUGUUUGAAGAGCACAUUAUGGGUUGCUUCCUGUAAUAUUUGCCAAUGGAAUAUAUAUAUGUCGUUUUGAAUGGUGCGGUAUCCUUAACUGAAAAUUGCCUUUUGGAAUGGUAGUAUUCUAUUUGUGAACCUGCUGAUUUAUUACUGGCUAGUUUUCACCAACAUUCUAGAAUGAUGGGGCUUUCAGCACCAUUUCCAGAAUGUACUUGCUUUGGGAUCCAAUCACUACCUACCUCAUUCGGGCUCAAAAACAGAUAUGCAGCUAUUCAGUUCCCUUUAUGUGUAUUAGGUUACAGUUUUUGAAAAAGUACAAAAUGAUUAUUAUUUUAAAAUAUAUUACCCAUAUUUUAUAGAUAAUCCUGUCCUCCCCCCAAUAUAUUUUAUUUUAUUUAUUUAUAAAAUAUUUUACCAGGAAAGAUACAUUGAGAUUUCUCUCGUUUUCAAGUAUGUCCUGGGUCCACAAAUUAUUGCAUUGUUACAGGGGCAAGGGUUUCCAAAGCCUCCUGUGUGCCACAUUUACUAUGAUAACUUGACCAGGAUGUGAGGUCUAUUCCCUUGGACACACCUCCACAGAUAUGUUUGGCCACCAAAUAACUUCUUACCUACUGUAGUACUCCUUCUCCAGCAUUGGAAGGCAGAAACAUAAUGAAUAAUUUUCUGGAAAUUCAGAAACCUGUUUAGGCCUCUAUGGUGGCACUCCCCUGCAUUGUAAUUGGCUGGGACUAGUUUAAGCUAAUCACAUUGCAUUUUACAUUUUUCAAGUGAUAGGAUUUGUUUUAGAGGAAGGACUUCACUCAUUGAGUAGAUGGAUUAAAUCAGGCAAAAAUGCUAUCAGUCCCUUUAAUAAAUAAACAUAAAAGAAAAACUACUUAACGUAUUUUAGCAGCCUGCAUGUUUACUUAAAAAAGGGGAAUUACCUCCGCCUGUCUUCUUUUAAAACAAAGGUAUGUAUAUAUUUAUUUUACUUGCUAAGUUUCCUGAAUACUAUAUUAUAGAGGAAAAUGUGCCACGUUGUCAGCCAUAUAAAACCGGCCCGAGAAUGAAUACCAGUACUUCCGUGACAGUGUAGUUAUAUAUUUUAAAUUCUGAGCUGAUAGCAAGAAGGGCUGUCUAGUUCAUAUGCCAUUUUUCCUUCUGAUCUGUGCACCUAUUAGCAGAAAACAUAGACAGAUUUCUAAGCUGUACAUUCUUGUCAUAACUUUUAAGAUUUUUUUUUUUUUUUUUCAUUUUAUUCAAGUGUAUUUUUUUAUUUUAUUUAUUUUUAAAAUCUUACUACGGUGUGUAGGAAAUUUAAAUAACAAUCUUAAACACUAUGUCAGUUCCUAAUGUUUUCUUUUUCCCGGGGAUCAUGUGUCAAACUGGUAACACACCUAAUUUUCCUUUCUAGGAGAAAAAAGGGUGUUUAUUGAAAAAAAUGACAAACUUUUGGAAAACCAAGAAGACGUGAAAGGCAUCUUUCCAUUGACAAGCUUUAAACAAGGGAAGAGCCUUUACAAGCGGAGUUAUGAGGAGGGAGACAUACACCCUCAGACCAAAAAGAAAAAAAUUGACCUUAUCUUCAAAGAUGUCCUCGAGGCUUCUCUGGAGUCUGCCAAAAUGGAAGAGUGUCCUUUGAUGACCAGUAGCCCCAUCACAGUAAAAAGGUCUUCUAAGUACCAAUAUGAAGACCAUGGAGAGAGGUGCAAAGGAAACAAACAGUGUUCUCCUACCCCAAAUCAGACACGGACCCAGAUGGAGUGGAAAAUUCCCCAAGCUUCCACUCUAGGUCUCGAGAGGGAAGCCAGUCUGCCAGAUGAUGAUGGGGAAAAUCAUUUGUCCAUUAAAGCAGAAAGUCCUGCUGAAUCUUCCACAGUAGGUGAUCUUGAAGAGAUCCCUUCCACCUCUUUCUGUCCAAACUGUAUAAGGUUGAAGAAGAAGAUAAGAGAACUUCAGGCUGAGCUGGAAAUAUUAAGGUCUGGCAGGGUCCCAGAAACUCCCCCAUUGCCCCAUCAUAUAACUGAGGUCCCAGAACUUUCUGAUAUAUCAGGUAAGAGAAACCAGAAUGAAAGAUAGAAAUUAAUUAUUAACACUAGCUUGGUGACACAAGUACUCUAAAGUUUACUCUGUUCAUUUAUUACAAAUAAAACUUAAACGUGUUAAUCUUGGUCCUCUGGUUUGCAUAUCUAUAUUAAGAAUUUAAUGUAUAGAAUUGAGAGCAGCAUUUUAUUAUAUAACUUAUAUUAAAUGUAAUUUAGAAACAUUUGCAGAUGGAACUGAUUCUAAAACUGAUUGUGAUGUCUGAACUGCCAACAGGAGCAUCACAGUACAGUGGUGUCUGGCUCUGUAAGAUAAACACUGUUGAUUUUUAAAAAGAUUGCAUUUUUUUCCCUAAUAUUCAAUUUUAUGUAUGUCUUUUUUUUUUUUUGUAUUUUAUUAUUGUUUAAUUACUACUAAGCUGUAUGUUAAAAAGUGAACGCAGCUUGUUACAGAUUGUAACCAAACGCAAACAUAGUUUCUUGCUCUGUAGGGUCACAUGGUGCAUAAAUGUAGCUGUGCACACACCUUUCUGUCUUCUAUUACAUUCCCUUGUUUGCUAUUCAGCAUUUUAUUUAAAUGUUGAUGUUUUUGAAGUCUUUUUAAAAAAAUUUCCCUUUUGUUUUUUUUUGUUUUUUCCCAGUUCCAGAAAGCAUGGUCAUUGCUCCCACCAUGAUGGAAGAUGAUGACCAGGAAGUAGACUCCGCUGAUGAAUCGGUUUCCAAUGAUAUGAUAGCAGCUACUGAUGAGCCUUCCAAGAUUUCAGCUGCCACUGGCAGGCGAAUACGUAGAUUCAAACAAGAAUGGCUGAAAAAGUUCUGGUUUUUGAGGUACUCGUCCACAUUGAACGAAAUGUGGUGCCAUGUAUGCAGGCAAUACACCGUGCAGUCGUCUCGGACUUCUGCUUUUAUUAUCGGUUCAAAGCAAUUUAAGAUACACACCAUCAAACUCCACAGCCAAAGCAAUCUCCACAAAAAGUGUUUGCAGCUCUACAAGUUGAGAAUGCACCCGGAAAAGACAGAGGAGAUGUGCAGAAACAUGACUCUUCUUUUCAACACUGCAUACCACUUAGCAAUGGAAGGUAGGCCUUACUAUGAUUUCAGGCCCCUGGCUGAGCUAUUGAGAAAAUGUGAACUCCGAGUAGUUGACCAGUACAUGAAUGAGGGUGAUUGUCAAAUCCUGAUCCAUCAUAUUGCCAGAGCACUUCGUGAAGACUUGAUAGAACGUAUUAGACAAUCUCCAUUCCUGAGCAUCAUCUUGGAUGGACAAAGCGAAGACCUGCUCACUGAUACAGUGGCGGUAUAUGUCCAAUAUACUAGCAGCGACGGACCACCUGCAACAGAGUUCCUUUCUAUUCAAGAGCUAGGCUUACCUACGACUGAGAAUUAUCUCCAAGGAAUUGACAGAGCUUUCUCAGCACUUGGGAUCAGACUGCAAGAUGAGAGGCCAACGGUAGGCUUGGGUGUUGAUGGUGCCAAUAUCACUGCUGGGCUUAGAGCAAAUAUGUAUAUGACAAUCAGAAAAACCUUGCCUUGGUUACUGUGUUUGCCUUUUAUGGUACACCGACCUCACCUAGAAAUUUUAGAUGCAAUUAGCGGAAAAGAGCUUCCAUGCCUCGAAGAAUUAGAGAAUAAUUUGAAGCAGUUACUUAGUUUCUACCGAUACUCUCCUCGACUUAUGUGUGAGCUACGACUCACAGCUGCAACCCUUUGUGAAGAGACUGAGUUUUUGGGUGACAUCCGUGCUGUAAAAUGGAUCAUAGGUGAGCAGAAUGUCCUAAAUGCGUUGAUUAAGGACUACCUGGAAGUAGUGGCACAUUUGAAAGAUGUCAGUGGACAGACUCAAAGAGCAGAUGCUUCUGCUAUAGCACUUGCCCUGUUACAGUUUCUCAUGGAUUAUCAGUCAAUUAAGCUUAUCUACUUCUUGUUGGAUGUGAUUGCGGUUUUGUCACGCCUAGCCUAUGUCUUCCAAGGUGAAUACCUUCUUGUGUCCCAAGUGGACGAGAAGGUGGAGGAGGCUAUUCAAGAAAUCAGUAGGCUGACUGAUUCUCCUGGCGAGUACCUUCAGGAAUUUGAAGAAAAUUUCCGUGAAAGCUUCAAUGGUAUCGCUUUGAAAAACCUACGUGUGGCAGAAGCUAAAUUUCAGUCCAUUCGGGAGAAAAUUUGCCAGAAAACCCAGCUCACAUUGGCCCAACGGUUUGAUUCCCGCAGCCGAUUGUUUGUUAAAUGCUGCCAAGUGUUUGAUUUAUCUGCAUGGCCCAGGAGCACAGAGGAGCUCAUAAGCUACGGUGAGGAGGAAAUGUUACAGAUAUAUAACCACCUAGAGAGUAUACCUUCAUUUCUCACAGAUUUGCCCAGGGAAGCCUCUGAUCCAAGGGGAAGUAUGUUGAUGGAAUGGCGAGAGCUCAAAGCAGAUUACUGUAUAAAAAAUGGUUUCAAAGAUCUGAUCGGUCACAUUUGUAAGUACAGGCAUAGAUUUCUGCUUUUAAAUAAGAUCGUUCAGAUCUUAAAAGUCCUUCCGACUUCAACAGCCUGCUGUGAAAAGGGACGCAAUGCUUUGCAGCGGCUACGCAAAAACAACCGUUCAAGGCUGACGUUGGAUCAGCUAAGUGAUCUCUUGACCAUAGCAGUGAACGGUCCCCCCAUUGCCAACUUUGAUGCCAAGAGAGCUCUGGACAGCUGGUUCGAGGAAAAGUCUGGAAACAGUUAUUCUUUAUCGGCAGAGAUGCUCAGUAAAAUGUCUUCUAUUGACCAGAAGCCCAUGCUUCAAACAAUGGAAGUUGGAUCAGAGUAUUAUCAGGACAUUUAGGAUUCUGCAGCCAUGAACUGUAGAAUACUUUUUUCUAUCUAUACUCUUAAGUUUUGGUAUAUUAUUAAAAACAAAUUAUAUAAAUAUAUAUAUAUAUAAAUAUAUUAAAAAAAAAUAUAUAACACAUAUAUGUUACUAAAUAUAUAUAUGUUAUAUAUGUAUAUUCCCACUAAAGAUUAAACAUGACUGAGCCUUUUUGAAAACCUCCCAAAGAAAAGGUAUCAUAUUCCUCACUUCACACACGGCAGCUAGGUAGGCAGUAGGUGCACGAUGUCUGUCUAGCAGAGCAGGAACCCCCUUUCACUCCCCAACCCCCAUUCUCUAAGCUUCCUCAAUGCAUGUACAGUAUACCAGAUCAAGGUACCUAUUUUUCAUUGAGCUGUCACCUAACACUUAUUUGCAGUAGUCUUUGUAGUCUGGAAAUAAAUUAUGUGGUCCUUCUUCAGCAGUUCGACACGUUCCAGAAGCCAUCGAGGGUUCUAAAUAUUUAAUCAAUGUUACCAUUUUAUUUUUGCUAAAUUGUUUUACUAUGUUCAACAGUGGUUUCAUUUUAAUUUUGCUAAAUUGUUAUGUUCAACAGAAACAGUUGUUUGCUAUAGUACUUUUUUAAACCUAGACAAGAUGGAUAGUCUUGGUGGUCCAGAUGUUUCCGAGCCUUGUAUACAAAGUUGCUAAGCCAGCAUUAAUUCAGAAUUGCCACUUUGUAUUUUUGGACCCUCCCUCCCAAUGAUGUCUCAAGCUGGCACCAGGAAAAUAAAUGGAGGAGAUUCUGCACCUCCUCUGUGUUUUCCUGCCAUGUCUGGAAAGAUCCCUUACUUUCUCAAGCAAAGAUCACUUUUCCCAUCAGUUCUCGCCAGUGACUGCUGAUCAGACAUGUUAAAGCAAAACAUGACUUAAUCUUCAUUUUUUUGCCCGGUUUUUCUUUCAUUUUUCAAGGCGUAUAUAGGGCAAGGUCAGCCGUGUCUUGUUUUCUAGACAUAGAUUGCUUUGGAAUAUCAGUGAAAUUCCAGCACAAUAUAUAGGCUAUUUUUAAAGAAUCCAAGUGAGACAUCCUCUUUACUGCUGGCUGAGCACCUUGGGAAAUGUAGUUCAGAAACAUCUGAAAUGCCAUGUCCAGCCAUCACUAAUCUAGACUUGUUCAGUGUCUAAGGGUUAAGGGAAGCUUUUUGGGUCCAGUCGGUUCAGAAGACACAUUCUCCAAGGUGCUAAGUACAACUUAGCUAUGUUGUUUGGCAUCUUGGCCGCAAAAGACACACUGUAGACAUUUUGUUACUUUUGUAACAAAAGAACGUCUUUUUCUGAAACAUUUAAUAUUUUAUUAAUCUCUUAUAUGUAGACUUGACUUUUAAAUAUAUGUUGUGACAGUUAAUCUUAAAUCAACAGUGAGGUUACCAGCCCAGCCCAUGUUGGCCACGUAAAAGGAAUUACUUUUCAAAACUCCCUGAUAUUUUGUCACUAUAACAAUUCCGUUUAACAGAAUAAGCUAUGUGUGAAUGUGUGGCGGGUUAUGGUAUGGUUAUGGAAAAAUAUAAUAAAUACACUUUUGUUUAUACAUACAUAUAUAUAAUUUUUUUUUCCAAUUAUUAUUUUUAAUAAACACCAAAAUAAAAGCAGAGCAGUUGAUCAAAAUCCUCGGAGCAGUGAAGGAGAAAAAAAAUUAAAAACAUUAUUUGUUUUACUGCAUAAUGCUUUUCAUGUGCUGGCCUGCAGUAUUUACAAUGUUACAUGUAUAAAAUAAUCUCAAAACAAAAAAUACCAGGCACUACUCUUUAUGUCCUACCCAUCAAUUUGAAGACGUUAUGUGUGUUUGGAGUACAGGGUAUUGUUUACGUCUAAGCAAUAUACUCAUUACAAAACAUUUUGUUUAAAUACUUAAAAAAUGGUGUUACGCUUUGGGAACUAACAAAUAUUUCAGGUGAAUUGGGUAAAUCAUAAUCAUUUAAAUGUCCUAUUUGUUUGAAUUACUACAAAGGGCUCUGUGAUAUUAUUAUUUUUCUUUCAAAAGGUUUUGUAUUAAAUUUGACCUCUCGUGCAUAUCUGUCCACACCUGACAGCAAUUUAUAUCAUGAAUUGGAAAUAUUUGUUGCCACAAAUUCGCUAAACCACUAACUGCCGAGAAUUAACUAGAGAAUUGGAUGUUUUAGGGCAAAAUAGGUGAACUCGAAAAAUAUCUUUUUACAAUGUUUUUUCCUACUUUCGUUAUUUUAAGCUAAAAUGUGCAAUUUUCUUGUCAUUCCUUUUGUUUAGUGAAUAAAGUGUUAUAGGUGGUUUGCACUCUGUCACGAGAAAAAUAAUAUAAGAAAAAUUGAGAUUACAUAAGAAUAGACCACUGGCCCCAAUAUAAGCUUGUGUGUAGGAUUUAUUACUAAAUCAAAAUAAGAAAUAGCUAUGUAUUAAAGUAAUGACAAUCAUCAAAGAAUGUUUCCAAAACAUGGAGGUUGAACGUGCUAAAACAAAUGCCUGAAUCGUGAAAGAACUUUGAUUGUAGGAGAAUGAACAAUAGAAUUGUGCCUGGUGAAAAUAUUUGGUUCGUCCGAAGCAAAAAUUUGGUUUAGGCUAUUUGGAACUCAUCUAUUUGGCGUUUAGGUUCGGAUGGAUUUUGUCCAAAGCUAACAUUUCCGGAAAAAAUGAUUCUUCCAAAGUAAAAUGCUGUAAAAAUGCACCUAUCAAUAAACUGCAAAAUAUAUAAAUAAUAUUUAUAUGUUUUUGAAGUACACUGAUUAGCCCAUUUUUGCAUCACUUGAUUUACAGAUCAAGUGAGAAGAAGUAACCAACAGAGGUUAAAAAACAAG